ACCCAUCAAUCAAUGCAAGUGUUUCCAUUUAACCCCUGGCUAUAUUUUUGCCCCCUGAAGAAACACCCUCCUUCCAAUUCAUUUCCAAUAAGCCAACCAAUUUACUAGGCUACCUAGUGCUUCUCUAAAUAGGACCACAUGCACCACUACUCUUCUGAUCCCAUCACAUAAUGUCAUCAACAAAGACAAUCUUAUGUCCUUCCCAUUUAUCUUCUCCCUCGCUUCAAACUAUUCAUUCUUUCUUUCCAAGCAUUUUCUGUUUCAUACGCAGUUAAGAAUAAUUUGUUGUAGAGAAUGGAAAUGAAAUCAUUUGCUCUAACAAGCCAUCUUCAGCUAUCUUCAUCCUCUACCAUGAAAAGAAGCUCCUGGAAAGACUACCAUGGAGAGACAGAAAGCAACACUACUGCAACUCACCAGGAAGAAGAUGAUGACACUUCUCUUUCACUUUCUAGCUUGUCCAAGAUCAUUCUUCCUCCUCUGGGUGUUUCAAGCUACAACAAUAAUCCUAUAGAGACUAGAGGCUGGAUCAUUUCUCCUAUGGAUUCAAGAUACAGGUGGUGGGGGUCAUUUAUGGUGCUUCUGGUAGCAUAUUCUGCAUGGGUAUACCCAUUUGAAGUUGCAUUUCUCAACUCAUCUCCAAACAAAAGACUAUACAUUGCAGACAACAUUGUUGACCUGUUUUUUGCCAUUGAUAUUGUCUUGACAUUCUUUGUUGCUUACAUUGAUUCAAGAACCCAGCUUAUGGUUCGUGACAGAAAAAAGAUUGCUACAAGGUACCUAUCAACAUGGUUCUUGAUGGAUGUGGCAUCCACUAUUCCAUUUGAGGCAUUGGCCUAUUUGUUCACUGGCACACAAAAAUUGGCUCUCUCUUACUCUUUACUGGGUAUCCUCCGAUUUUGGCGUCUCAGGCGAGUUAAGCAGCUCUUCACUAGGCUGGAGAAGGAUAUCAGGUUUAGCUACUUCCGGAUCCGAUGUGCUAGACUACUGUGUGUGACACUGUUUCUAGUGCAUUGUGCUGGUUGCUUGUACUACUUGCUAGCUGAUAGAUAUCCACACCAAGGAAGGACAUGGAUAGGUGCAGUCAUCCCGAAUUUCAGAGAAACAAGCCUUUGGAUUAGAUAUAUUUCAGCUAUGUACUGGUCAAUCACCACCAUGACAACAGUUGGUUAUGGAGACCUUCAUGCUGUUAACACCAUGGAAAUGAUCUUUAUCAUUUUCUAUAUGCUGUUCAACCUUGGGCUAACUGCUUAUUUGAUCGGCAACAUGACCAAUUUAGUUGUCGAAGGAACUCGCAGGACCAUGGAAUUUAGGAAUAGCAUUGAAGCAGCAUCAAAUUUCGUGUGCAGAAACCGAUUGCCUCGAAGAUUGAAAGACCAGAUUUUGGCUUAUAUGUGUUUGAGAUUUAAGGCUGAGAGUUUGAAUCAGAAUCAUUUGAUUGAACAGUUACCAAAAUCUAUCUGCAAAAGCAUCUGUCAGCAUUUGUUCUUGCCAACAGUGGAGAAGGUCUAUCUUUUCAAGGGUGUCUCCAGGGAAAUACUCAUGCUCUUGGUUGCGGAGAUGAAGGCUGAGUACAUUCCACCCAGAGAAGAUGUCAUAAUGCAAAACGAAGCCCCUGAUGAUGUUUAUAUAGUUGUAUCAGGAGAGGUAGAAAUCAUAGAUUCAGACCUUGAAAAAGAGCGCGUAGUGGGAACUUUGCAGUGCGGAGACAUGUUUGGAGAUGUUGGUGCACUGUGCUGCAGGCCCCAGAGCUUCACGUUUCGAACCAAGACGCUCUCGCAACUCCUGAGACUCAAAACUAGUUCUCUGAUUGAAGCUAUGCAAACAAGACAACAUGAUUAUAUAGCUAUAAUGAAGAACUUCCUUCAGCAUCACAAAACGCUAAAGGAUUUGAAGGUUGGAGAGUUUCCAUUUGAGAGUGGAGAAGAAGAUGGUGAUCCAAACAUGGCUUCUAACUUGCUGACUGUAGCCAGCACAGGCAAUGCUGCUUUUCUUGAAGAACUUCUCAAGGCAAAAUUAGACCCUGAUAUUGGAGACUCCAAGGGAAGAACCCCUUUGCACAUUGCAGCAUCAAAAGGGCAUGAAGAAUGUGUAAUGGUACUCUUAAGACAUGGAUGCAACAUACACUUGAGAGAUAUUAACGGUAACACUGCCUUAUGGGAUGCUCUUUCAUCAAAGCACCAAACCAUAUUCAGAAUCCUCCAUCAUUUCGCGAGCAUUUCUGACCCCCAGACUGCUGGUGAUCUCUUAUGCACUGCUGCAAAAAGAAAUGAUCUGACAAUGAUGAAAGAGCUUCUCAAACAUGGAUUAAACGUCGACGCAAAGGAUCGCCAAGGAAAAACAGCAAUACAAAUAGCCAUGGCAGAAAAAUAUGUAGACAUGGUAGACUUGCUAGUAAUGAAUGGUGCAGAUGUCACAGCAUCAAACACGUACGAAUUUUCUUCAACAACAUUGAACGAAAUGCUGAAAAAGAGAGAGAUCGGACACCGGAUUACAGUGCCGGACACUGUAACAAGUGAUGAAGUUAUUCUAAAGAGAGAUGAAGGGGAGCAAGAAUGCAACUCCUGCGGAAAAUCUGAUGAAUUGAAAUGUAUCAUAAGGGUGAGUAUAUAUAAGGGUCAUCCUUUGGUUAGGAAACAGGCCUGUUGCAAGGAACCUGGGAGAUUAAUCAGAUUGCCAGAUUCAUUAGAGGAGCUCAAGAGAAUUGCAGGUGACAAGUUUGGAUUUGAUGCAAGAAAUGCAAUGGUAACAGAUGUAGAAGGUUCAGUAAUUGACUCUAUUGAAGUGAUUAGAGAUAAUGAUAAGCUUUUCAUAGCUGAAGAUCCAUAUUCCUCUGUGUAACCAAACAUUGCAAGUGACUUGAUUCUGUUUGGAAUAUGAGCAAUCAUACCAAACUCCAUUUUUAGAAAUAGAAGCUUAGCUCUCUAAUGCUUAUACAAGUGAUCACUCAUCCCACAUAAUCAAUUAAUGGGAAGCAUUAGCAUUUUCUUUCA